UUUUCCCCCCUAAACUAAUGCGUACACCCACAGGCCACUUCAAAACCAAUCGCAUCGAAGAAAAAUGGAGGGAAACCGAGGAAGCUUGGAGAGAAUUGAAGUAAUGAGAAAAAUCACAGAGCUAACGAGAUCUAUGAUCGUCGAACUGAGCAAUGGAAGCUCCAGGAUGAUCGCCAUCGAUCGAUUCAAAAGUUACUGCUCCAAUUCCCUUGAAAACUGUUGUUGUAGGUUCAAUUUAUCUGAAGGGAAGGAUGUUCUAACACUUCAAAGGGAAAGCCACGUCCGUAGACUAGAUGUCUUGCUUAGAGUUCUACUCAUAAUUCAGCAGCUUCUGGGAGAAAAUAGACAUAGCUCAAAGAGAGAUAUAUAUUAUAUGCAUCCCUCUAUAUUUACAGAUCAGUCAGUUGUUGACCGGGCAAUCAACGACAUCUGCAUUCUUUUGCAAUGUAGCCGGCAUAAUCUGAAUGUGGUUUCUGUUGGUAAUGGGUUGGUGAUGGGUUGGUUGAGAUUCUCAGAAGCUGGCAGAAGAUUUGAUUGCUUGAAGAAGCCUAACAGUGCCCACUUUAUUCCUGUUCAAGUUGAAGAAGUUAUAGAUAUUACUAGUGCUGCAGAUUACAUACUCGUUGUAGAGAAAGAAUCAGUUUUUCAGCGUUUAGCAAAUGACCGGUUCUGCAGCAGAAACCGGUGCAUUGUAAUCACGGGACGUGGAUAUCCAGAUGUUCCCAGUAGAAGGUUUUUGCGGCUUCUCGUUGAUGUUUUGGCAUUGCCUGCAUUUUGUUUGGUAGAUUGUGAUCCAUACGGUUUUGACAUUCUGACGACAUAUCGUUUCGGUUCUAUGCAAAUGGCCUACGAUGCAAAGUAUCUCAAAAUCCCACAACUACGAUGGCUUGGAGCUUUUGCUUCAGAUUUUGAGAAAUACAAUCUGCCAGAACAAUGUCUCAUCCCAUUGACUUUCAAGGGUGCGGGAUCUCUCAUGCAGGCACACCGCGCACACACACGCACACACACGCACACUGCAUUUUCAAAUGUUAUUUUCUGUAUUUCUGAUAUGUUGAAGGUCAUGUUUAACCUGUCAGACAAGAGUAGAACUGAAGCCUUGUUACAAAGAUGCUACUUGCGUAGAGAGGUACAACAUUGGAGGUUGGAAUUGGAGUCAAUGCUGGAAAGAGGGGUGAAAUUUGAGAUAGAAGCACUGUCUGUGCACAAUAUUUCAUUUUUGUCCGACGAGUAUUUACCAUCCAAAAUUGAAAGUGAACUAACACUGUUGAACUCAUAGGUAAUUACCAAUCCAUACACUCUACCAACAUGGGGUUGAUUUGGAACCGUAAUGGAAUGAGUUAGUAUAAAAAACUCAUAUUUGGAUCAAAUGUUUUUGAUCCAAUUUAUAAUACUAAACCCAGCUUCGACUUAACCAUAUUUUCGAUCGAUU